AUGAUCUCGGUGGUUCUAACAGCCUCCCCCAGCCCGGCGCCCAGCACUCCUCUCCCCCGCCACACCCGGCUCCGCCCAGCUUCAGCCGGGUCCAGCCCACCCCCUCCCAGCGACUGGCCCCUUAAUACCCAGGCCCAGAUUAAGACUCCUCCAUCCCGCCCCCGCUCCUCGAGCCCCACCAGCAUGGGCAGCCUCGCGCACCGAGAAGAUCUUGGGGAGAAGAACUAAGGUGCGUAGUUCACCUGGGAGGUGCAAGCCAACAACGGGUCCUACAACAACCAGUUCAAGGAGAAGGUCUUCCUGUGCUGGCAGAGGAAGAAGUACAAGAGGAACGUCAUCCAUACGGCCGAGUACAACGUCUUCUCCUUCCUGCCCUUGAACCUGUAUGAGCAGUUCCACCGCAUGUCCAACCUCUACUUCUUUCUCAUCAUCAUCCUCCAGGGCGUCCCCGAGAUCUCCACGCUGCCCUGGUUCACUCUGUUUGCCCCGCUUGUCGGCUUCCUCACCAUCCGGGCCACCCGAGAGCUGGUGGAUGACAUUGGGCGACACAGGAGCGACAGGAACAUCAACAACAGGCCAUGCCAGAUCCUGAUGGGGAAGAGCUUCCUGUGGAGAAAGUGAAAGAAUCUGUGUGCAGGAGACGUAGCGUGUCUGCACAAAGACGGCGUCGUCCCGGCCGACUUGGUCUUGCUGGCCAGCACGGAGCCCAGCAGCUUGUGCUAUGUGGAGACGGCUGACAUCGACGGCGAGACCAACUUGAAGUUCAGGCAGGCCCCGACGGUCACCCACCACGAGCUGACCAGUAUACGGAAGAUGGCGUCCUUCCAAGGUGGGAGCUGGCAGAGCCAUCCACCCGCUCUGGGCCCUGUCUGCCCCCCGCCCCCGAGGGGUGGGAGCACAGGUUUUCCACUUGCUGGGGUGGAGGAUGGUAGUGGGGUGCAGUGGGGCGUGUUGGGUGGCUUCUGGCGUCCAGAUGGGCACAGCCAGUUCUCCUGCGUUGUCCCUUGUCUCGUUUAUGCCCAGACCGCUGGGAUUGGGAUAGCUUUUAAGAGACGGGCUUAUUCCAGGCCCAUAUCAAAUCCCUUAAAUCGAUGCAACAGUGGAGGCAUUUUCUGUUGUUAUUACGAAAUUUCUGCUUCCUGCGGCGGCUGCUGCUGGUGCACGGCCCGUUGGUCGUACAUGCGCAAGUUCCUGCGCUACUUUAUCUACAAGACGCUGGCCAGCAUGACGGUCCAGGUCUGGUUCGCUUUCUACAGUGGCUUCACUGCCCAGCCUCUGUAUGAAGGCUGGUUCCUGGCACUCUUCAACCUGCUGUAUACCACCCUCCCGGUUCUCUACAUCGGGCUCUUCGAGCAGGACGUGAGCGCCGAGCGGAGCCUGGAGUUGCCUGAGCUGUACCUGGCGGGCCAGAAGGAUGAGCUCUUCAACUACUGGGUCUUCCUCCAAGCCAUCGCCCCCUGCACGGCCAUGUCCCUGGUCAAUUUCUUCAUGACCCUGUGGAUCAGCCGCGACUCAGCUGGGCCUGUCAGCUUCAGUGACUACCAGGCUUUCGUGGUGAUCGUGGCCCUGUCAGGACUGCUGUCCAUCACCAUGGAGAUCGUCCUCAUCACUAAGUACUGGACCGUCCUGUCUGUGCUGGCCGUUUUCUUCAGCCUCUGCUGCUAUGCGGUCACGACCUGGCUCGCCCAGAGCAUCUGGCUCUUCAAAGUCUCCCCCAGGACCUUCCCAUUUCCGUACGCUGACCUCAGCGUGCUGUCCCAGCCCCCCGUCCUGCUGGUGAUCCUGCUGAACGUGUCACCGAACACCCUGCCCGUGCUGGCCCUCCGCAUCAUUUACCAAGCCCUCCAGAAGCCACGGCCCAAGGAGGAGGAGGAGGAGAAGACCACAAGUGAGGAGAUCAUCACCGUGGAGCCCAUACCCCAUGUCCUCCGGGAGGCACGGACCCGGCGCUCCAGCUAUGCCUUCUCCCACCGGGAGGGCUAUGCGGGCCUCAUCACGCAGGGCACAAUUCUGCGGAGGUCACCAGGGGUCAACAGCGACAUGCUGGUUGAUCACACGAGGCCACCUGGUGACCUGCCCUCGAGCAUGGAGGAGUCCCCCUGGUACCCCAGGAAGAUGUCGUUCCUGGGGAGGAACAUGCGCCAGCACCAAGGGCAGGUGUCCUCCGAGGAUGUUCAGCCUGCCUCUGAGGUGAGCUCAUCCUUGCCUGUGGAUGGACAGUCCCCUCUCUAUCAGGAGAGCCAGCACCCUCUCACCAAACACCGGCUGUCCGGGUCUCUGCAGGAGAAGUUGCCGAAGAGGCCGGAGAGGUCACUGUCAUAUGAGUCGUGGCCAUAUACUCCCGAGAGUCUGCCACCAACCAAGGAGACACCACUAUCAGCGGAGGAGAGCCAGAUGAUUUCUUCCGAGAGCCAGAUGCUGCCUUCAAGCCAGCUGUCUUUGAAGAGCCAGUCAGCACACUUGCAGGAGAAGACAUCCCUCUGGAAGAUCCAGAAACUGUCCUGGAAGAACUGGCCAUACACCCGGCAGAAGGAGCCCGGGCCCCCCAAGGAGGGGACGGUGCCAGUUUCCAACUCGAACCUGACUGCUCUGAUGGAAACUCCACCACCAACUGUGAGAGGAUCAUCCACCAGCAAGCAGCUGGUGGAGGUGGAGCCCUCACCUGUGGAGAAGCAGCCGUCACCCGUGGAGUGGCUGCCAGGGCCCAGCGAGGGUCAAACUCCACCUGAUCUGGCAGGGCUGCCGCCCUCACCUGAGGAACAGCAGUGACUGCCCAGGCUUAGUAAGUGUCACCUGGCAUCAUGAGGCCUUCCCCCAAAGACAGGGGCUCCACCUGCUCUUCUUUCUCUAAUAAGCUAUGGUCUGUCUGACCCCAG